AACAAAAUGGUGGCAGUUCACAGUUUGUUUCUAAAAUUCUAACGUAUUCCGUGAAAGUACCAACACCAUGGCAAGUAACAGAUCCGUAAGACGUGCCCAGGAACCCGUUACCUACACGUGUGAUUUGUGUGACAGUGAAGACGGGGUACGAUGGUAUUGUAACGAUUGUCGGGAGAAUUUAUGUGACCGGUGUAAGGAAAUCCAUACACGCGGAAGGAAAACCAAAAACGAUGACGUCGUGUCGAUAGGGAAGGCUACCCGUCAGGGCGACAAGCCUCUAUCAGAGGUAUGUAAACUACAUCUCGGUAAACUGUGUGAUAUGUUCUGCUCGGACUGCAACGAGUUGAUUUGUUCGAUAUGUUUAUCUAAAAAUCAUAAACAACACAACUGGAAUCUUUUUGAAGACGAACUGUUUGUCAAAAAGGAACAUUUUAAGGAACAUAUGACAACGUUAGCUGAUAAAAUAGCACAUUUCAAGAACGAGACAUCCGAGCGACAUCGCGUGAACAAAACGUUUAAAGACAACAUUGAUACAACGAGGAAAGAGGUAAACUCACAGAGGACUAAGCUAAAGGCAGAAGUAGAUUAUAUCGCGGAAGCAGUGCUGGCCGAGUUAUCAUCUUUAGAAAAAGAGGAAUCACUGCUGUACAAGAAAGAUAUUCAACGAUCGGAGAAAAAUAUCGAAGAGCUGACGCGUCUGCUUGAAAAGGCGGAAGUGACGGAUACAUCUAGUGUAUCCAUAUUUGAAACGUCAUUGAGGAAAACUCUGCCCCUGUAUGACGUUAAGAUGAAACAUAUUUCACCAAAACAACCAAGCUUUGUUACCGGAAGUAUCAACCGAGUCCCGUUGACAAAAAUGUUAGGUAAAUUACACCACGAGAACCAGUACGAGAAGACAGACAUCAACAAUAAACACGUUCAACGUCUCUCUGAGUUUACUGUUUCACAACAAAAUCGAAUAUUCGGUAUAUGUCCAGUCGACGACAGUCAGGUAUGGUGUGGUCAUAGAGACAGUAAAACUGGUCUUCUGUCCGGACAUGAUCACCAUGGUCGGGACAACAGACAUACUUAUGAGCCGUUUUAAUGAUAGUACAUUUGUAUAUAAACUAUCACUACACAAACAACAAGUGACAACAUUUGCUGACAUCAAGCCACAUGAACCACAUGACAUCAGCAUCAACAAGAGGAACGAGGUGUUUGUUAGUACAGGUACACCAGACAUAGUGGUACUGAAUCAGACAGGUACGAUUGUGAGGAAGGUGACGUGUGGAAUGGUUGUGGGGUUUAUUACAUGUUUGUCGUCAGGAGACAUUGCAGUGUCGGACGUUAGUAAUGUAUCAAUCAUAACAGACAAAUCUGGUACAACCAAAUAUAAAUGGACUGGUGAACUCAACAACGGUCAAAAGGUUGGUAGUAUGAACCUCUUUAAUCUGUCACGUGACAAGUACGACAGACUGUUUGUACCAGACUACAAGAACAGCCAGGUGUAUGUCCUACAGAGAGAUUGUACACAGGCCACGUGUCUCCUGGACCAGAAACAUGGAGUGAGUGGAUCUAAAGCGGUGGGUGUGGACACGUGUGGUAACGUGUGGGUUGGGUGUGUAGACGGUACCGUACACGUGAUGGGACUGUAACACGAGGAUAUAGUACAUGGUGAACACUUGACCUCGUGGUACAAUACUACAUUAUGUAAAUAUCAUCACAAACAAUUCAUCAAUGUCUGAUUAAUCCUCUCAAAUAUCGAUUAAUUUUGUAGAGAUUUUCGAACAAUUAAUCAAUUGGUGUAAAUGACAUGUGAAAAACAUCUUGAAGUUAUAAGGUUUUUGAACCGACAAUGCCUGAUCAUUAAACUGAUCAACGAAUUAAC